UUUGUCCCUUGUAUAAUACUUGCAGCUCAGAGAGCAAUGGCAAGUUUAAAACAGUUUACUCAAAAGAUGGAACAACGUAGUAUCGCUGUUCUUGAGCAAAAGGUAUUGGCGGAGGCACUCGUUUAUCAGAUGUUACCCAAACCGAUCGCCAAACGAUUGAGGACUAAACGUGGAGUGGGCGUUGUAGCUGAAAAAUUCAGCUCAGUGACGAUAUGUUUCACAGAUAUAGCAGAUUUUCAAGAGAUCAGCGAACAAAGCACACCCAAUGAUUUAAUAGAGCUUUUGAACAUGUUAUAUCUCUAUAUUGAUGCACGCAUUGAAUGUUACGAUGUGUAUAAGGUUGAGACGGUAGCCGAUCAUUACAUGGUUGCGUCAGGGCUUCCCAAACGGAAUGGUGACCAUCACUCCGAGGAAAUAGCCGAUAUGCUAGUUGAUCUCCUGCAUUCCAUGACCCACUUUGAGAUACCUCACCUACCCGAGAAAAGACUUCAGAUACGCAUUGGUGCCCAUACAGGACCAGCUGUGGCAGGAGUUGUUGGAUCAAGAAUGCUGAGGUAUUGUCUCUUUGGGGAUACAGUAAACACAGCGUCUAGGAUGCAGUCCACAAGCCUUCCGGGAAGAAUCCAAAUAAGCGCGCAACUCAACACUUUACUCGAAAGCUUCGGACGUUUUGUGACGAUUCCAAGAGGAAAGAUCGAAAUAAAGGGUAAGGGAAUGAUGGAGACUCACUGGUUGAUAUCAAAGCGAGUUUCAACUACAGGCAGUGGUGCCUCCUUGCCUGGAUCAUAUUAUAGGCGACCUAACAGGCAUGGGAAUGGAUCAAUGAGAAAUCACUUCAGUCCGUAUGGAGAACGCUGGAGAACGUUCUUUCAAAAUAAACUUCUUCCCGAUAUCAGAAAGAAGAGACGGGAACGCAUGCAGUCGGUUAUAGAUGCAAAACAGACAACGUGAAAACGUUUUGGCAAUAUGUGUUUGCUUGGCUUCAAAGCCAUUCUUCUUCAAUUUACUGUUAGACCAACAUGUGAUUAGCUACUUGAGAUGGUACACAGCGCACCAUUUUGGUUCAUACUCAGAGACGUUGACAGUGAACUAGAACUCAAAUAAUCAAUGCUGCGGAUCAUCCAACAAUAAAAUAUCCCAAGACUCUUGAGAGGUAGCCUAUACAGGGUCAAUAUGUCGUAACUUUUCAUUUAUCCAAGGAGGAAACCAAAAGAUGAGAGUAAUCCAACGUUAACGUUAACGUCAUAUGUUUUACUAGAAAAAUAUCUUAUUACAAGCCCUCUCUAAGUAUCAUCGGCCGUGGUGAAGAACAUGAAAUUCUUAUUCAAUUGGUAUAUGGAACUAAAAAGCACGA